AUGGCAAACAGACAGCAACGCCCGGGCGGCCUCGACUUGCGUUCGCAGUCCUUUGACCCUCCCACCACCACUAACAACACGUUCGGCAAUUACACCAACAACAACAACAGCAACAACCAUCUCGGUCUCGGAAACCUCGCCAGCGCCAGCAUGAGCAAUCUGUCCCUCGGCUCAGACUUGCCCAGCCCGCGCACCGGCGAUGCACCACCUGCCCUCUCCCCUCUGGAUGCCCUCGCCCUCCAGGGCCGGUUGCUCGCAAAGCGCUUCGAGCAGCAGGACAAGACCGGACGCCGAUUGAGUCGCAUCGCACCCCUCACCAUCCAGAACGAGUUUGGAAACCGGCCAUGCUACUUUUCCUCCCUCUCCAACUCGACGGUGAACUCGCCCAACGAAGAUGCAGGCCCCGUCAAGUCCCCACGACCGGAUGCCUCCCCCCGACAGGAGAUGUCGUCCGACAAAAGACACCAAUCCUACUACCCGCAGUUCGGCAUGGACGAGCCCGAGACGCAGUAUGCCAUUGGGCCUCUGCAAAGCCCCAUGGCCACCAUCGCCGAGGCCAGUCCUGCCACUCCACCACAGGGUUACUUCGACAUCCCCAGGUCGCACUCGCCCGAUUCGGUAGAGCCUCAUAUUGGCCUGCGAGAAGCCACUCCCGUCAGCCCCCAUGUCCCCGUUGCUGCAACCUCGCACAUGUUCCUUAGCCCACAGAGGAAGCCAUCUGGCAGCUCUGAACACUCUCAGCCUCCUUCGCAACCACGCUCUAACCUACUUCCACCGCGUUCGUCUAGUUCUCUACACUCUACCCGCUCUCCGCGACAGUCACCAAGCAUCCGUUCCGUUGCCGGUGCAUACGAUGAGGUCGAGGACAUGUCCCUCAGUGGAUCCUAUGAUUCCUUGCACCAGAACCGCAACCUGUCGCCCAGCUCAAGCCUGUCCAGGGCUCAUUCUCCCUUUACACCUGCUACAGGCCCCACCACGAUACCCCGCUCGCCGUCUGCCGCAUCCGACUACUCGGUCAAUGGCUCCAGCCUGCCGCGCCCGGCCUUCAAUUUCUCGAGACCCAACUUCUCACGGCCCACCAGCCGGCAAAGCGUUCGUCCCUCACUAGACGUGAGGUCCGACGCUGGGCCCUCACGGCAGGCCUCAGAGGAGAGCGUGAACAUGCGUCCCUCUUUUGACAACCAGCUCCUUCGACAGGACUCUAGUGACAGCCCUACCGCACACUACGCGAAUGAGCAGGUUCACACACCCGUCAGCAUGGUAAGCGAGGACUUCCGUCGAUCUGGCGACUUCACCAGCAACCCAGCCCCCUCCUACACAUACACCAGGUUCAACCUCCCUCGCGGCAGAGCCGUCGAUCGCAAGUCUGUUGGCAUUGAGGACUUUUUCAAAAGCCAAAUUAAAUGGGAUCAGCCAGGCCAGCCUAACCAGACUCAGGAGCGUCCACCUUCACCCGAAUCACCACCUCGAUCUUUCGACCAAGCCCGCCAGCAACAACAUCGACCAGACGCAAGACGUGAUGCUUCCUUCGAACACGGAACCCCUUCCCUUACAUCCAGCAACAGCACCAUCCGCGCACGAACUGCUGGGUCUGUCGGCGAGGUCACGGCGCAGCAACACUGCGACAUGGGACUCGAGCUCCACGAAGCCGGUGAACUGCUCAAGUCGACAUAUCACAUCCGUCUCGCAGCUCGCGCCGGCCUCCCAGAAGCCAUGUUCUGGUACGGCCUCGCCUGUCGCCACGGCUGGGGUAUGCGCGUAAACCAAUCUGAAGCCCUCCAAUGGCUGCGCCGCGCCGUCGACUCUGGCCAACUCGAAGUUGCCGACGACGAAGCACAGCCCUCGGCCACCGACAUCACCAAGAAGAAGCGCCACCGCGCCCAAUACGCCGUAGCCAUCUACGAACUUGGAAAGUGCUACGGGAAUGGCUGGGGUGCUCCUCAAGACAAGUCCCUGGCGCUUCGAUGUUACGAAAUCGCGGGUAACUGGGGGGAUGCAGAUGCCCUCGUCGAAGCUGGCUACUGCUAUGCCGAAGGCGUUGGGUGCAAGAAGAACAUGAAGAAGGCAGCAAAGUUCUACCGUGCGGCCGAAGCCAAGGGCGUCAGCAUGGUGGGUAACAGCUGGAUCUACAAAGACAAAUACAUGGAUGAUGGCUCGGAUGAGAGGUCUGGUCGCUCGGCUACGAAGGAUCCCUCGAGUGCUGAGAAGAAGGCGAGAGAUAAGAGUAGGACAAGGACUAUGUUUGGAAGGAAGAAGAGUGCGGUGUAG